CGGUGCGGCCGCAGCCGCGUUCACGCCGCGCUGCCAUGGCCGAGAGCGCGCCCGCGCGCGGCGCCAAGGCCGCCGCCAAGAAGCCGAAGAAGGCGGCGAGCGGCUCCAAAGCCCGCAAGCCCGCGGGGCCCAGCGUCACCGAGCUGAUCACCAAGGCCGUGUCCGCCUCCAAGGAGCGCAAGGGGCUCUCCCUGGCCGCGCUCAAGAAGGCGCUGGCCGCCGGCGGCUACGAUGUGGAGAAGAAAAACAGCCGCAUCAAGCUGGGGCUCAAGAGCCUCGUCAGCAAGGGCACCCUGGUGCAGACCAAGGGCACCGGCGCCUCCGGCUCUUUCCGCCUCAGUAAGAAGCCCGGAGAAGUGAAGGAAAAAGCCGCCCAAAAGAAAAUUUCUGCAGCUAAGCCUAAGAAGCCGGCAGCCAGAAAGCCCUCCAGCGCCGCCAAAAAGCCGGAGAAGGUGGUGACAGCAAAGAAGAGCCCCAAGAAAGCCAAGAAGCCGGUGGACAGAAAUGUAGCCAAGAGCCCGAAAAAAAUAAAGGCUGCGAAGCCCAAGAUAGUGGCGGCAGCAGCAAAGAGCCCGGCUAAGGCGAAGACGGUGAAGCCUAAAGUGGCUAAACCGAAAGCAGCCAAGAAGGCAGCUCCCAAAAUGAAGUAAGCCUCUCAGAGAGCAAACUCUUGGCUCUUAAUUUAAACCAAACGGCUCUUUUAAGAGCCACACAGUUUCUUUUAAACAACUGAAAUUAGGCUUCUGGUUCCAAAAAUUGAUGAUGUUCAUGAUUUUCGGAUAAAUUUUACUAG